AUCGUCUGAAAAGAACAAGACUGUAAAAUGUCGAGUCCGUGGAAGCAAGUUUCUGGUCGACGGAUGCCUCCACUGCCCGGAAAUUCUUCCCCAUCAAUAUUCGGACGUAGAGGACCAUCUGGAGAAUGCGCAGAUAUCGGCCUCAAUCCUACCAAUGUAAAGAUGUACCUGAAUGCAAACCCCUGGCUCGUUGCGGAUUUCUUGAAGGAAAAUUCUAAUAACGAUGAAGUCCAGAAGAUCCUCAACUCCCAUUGUGUUCAGUUCCAGACAGAUACAUCGUACACUCACAGUGGGAGAUGUUCCAGGCUACAAAGUGUAUCAAAGGAAUCACUGACAAACACAGCUACAACAGACAGACAGGAGAUGUUGAACUCAAUGGUGAAUGUGAUCGAAGAAGCCAAAGAAUUGCCCAAAAUGUUGUAUCAUCUCAGCACUGUGAUUGUCAAAGCUAUUGAAGCUGAUGACUUCUUUUUGUACACUGUCAGCACUAAUGGCAAGGAUAUGCAUCUCUGCAGAGAAUGCAAUGGAAAGAUUCAGGAAAUCAUGUUUGGCCCGGUCAUUCCAGGAACUACCAUCUCAGCCUACGUUGCUGCUAAGAAAGAGGCAAUCCUUGUGGAGGACAUUCUUGGCGAUGAGAGGUUUCCAAGAGGAGCAGGGAUUGAGAAUAGUAAUGCCCAGUCUGUUCUAUGCCUACCAGUACUUCUUCCUAAUGGUGACCUCCCAGCCGUUCUUCAAUUGUCCAGAAAUUAUGGAAGUACUGCAUUCACAGAAGAAAACUUAGAGAUUGCAUCCACCUAUAUGCUUUGGGCAGGAAUAUCACUGAAUAAAGUCCAGAUGUGUAAAGGUCUGAUGAAACAAAGAGAAUUCAAUGAUUUCCUCUUAGAAGUCUCAAGGGUAAUCUUUGAUGACAUAGUUGCCAUUGACACACUGACUGAGCACAUCAUCAUGUUUGCUAAGAGUCUAGUCAACGCUGACCGCUGCGCUCUGUUUCUCCUGGAUCCCAAGACAGAGGAGUUAUACGCUGAUCUGUUUGAUGAGGGGAAGGUCAUUAAUGGCCAACCAAUCUUCACCAAGAAGCAACAAAUAAGGUUCUCCAUAGAGAAGGGAAUAGCAGGCCACGUAGCCAGGACAGGAGAGGUCGUCAACAUCCCUGAUGCAUACAGUGAUGAGCGAUUUAACAGAGAAGUUGACAUCCGCACUGGCUACACCACCCGCAGUAUCCUCUGCAUGCCCAUCAUGAGUCAUGGGUCUGUCAUCGGUGUGGUGCAACUCAUCAACAAGAAAGAUCCUAGUCAGCAUGCGUUUGGUAAAACCGACGAGUCCAACUUCAGAAUGUUUGCUGUGUACUGCGCACUGGCUCUGCAUUACUCCAAGGUGUACAGCAGCAUCUUACAUUGUGAGCGGGUCCUUGGAGUCACCCAAGAGCAGUUAGCCUUCCACACCGUUGCCACGAGUGAAGAUGCUGACAGGCUUCUGUCGAGGUGGACCAAACGAACCAUCAUUCCUGAUGAUCUGGACAGCUUUGAAUUUGAUUGCCGUCCACACACCAACAUCCUGUGUGACCUCUUGCUGCACAUGACCCUCAAACUCUGCGGAGAGGACUGUUUUGACCUGGAGACGCUGGCCAGAUUCCUCCUGACAGUCAAGAAGAACUACCGGCCCAACCCCUUCCACAACUUUGCCCACGCCUUCAACGUCGCCCACUGCAUGUAUGCCCUCUUGAUGCACUCCCCUGGUGUCUUUGCAGAUUUUGAGUGUCAAGCAAUGUUCAUCGCCACCAUCUGUCAUGAUUUAGACCAUCGAGGGACCACCAAUGCUCUCAUCCAGAAGUCAGACUCACCCCUAGCUGACCUUUACGCCUCCUCCAUCUUAGAGAAUCAUCACUACCAGACAACGAUGAACAUCUUGCAACAUUCGGGACUCAACGUCUUCGCCCGCCUCCCCGUCAACACUUACAAACAGGUGAUUGGGCUGAUACAGCAUUGCAUCCUGUCCACCGAUCUCAUGCUUUACUUUGGCAAUCGUCAGGAGGUGGCUAAACUCCUGCUAUCGCAGGGCCUUGAUAUCACCAACACGGCUCAAAGACCCAAAAUCCAGGCAUUGAUGAUGACGGCGUGUGAUCUGUGCGCUACGGCCAAACUCUGGCCAAAUCAGCGAGAAGCAGUCGACUGUCUGUAUCAGGAAUUCUACGCCCAGGGGGAUGAGGAGAAGAAGCGAGGAGAGCAACCCAUGGAAAUGAUGGACAGAGAUCAGCACCACACCCUGCCCAAGCAGCAGAUUGGUUUCCUGACCAAUGUGGCCCUGCCCUGCUUCUCAACAUUGUCAGAAAUCAUUCCUCCUGCAAAGUUCCUUCUUGAGGGAUGCAAGGAUAACUUGGUGCAGUGGCAGCAGGAGACCAAGGGUAAGAGUACAGCCAUGUGGGAGCCGGGCGUGUCCAGACUGUCCCCCUCUAAAAAGUAACAAGAACCUAAAAGUCAUCAAGAUCAGCCACUGUAAUCCACUAUAAUAAGAGUUGCUGUAAAGCGAAGUGUACAAGGCAAACUUGAGUUGUUGGAUGCAGGAGCAGGGGCAUCAUAAUGGCUGAUGAAUU